AUGCUCAGAAGACUUCGACCCCUCUACCAGAAAGCCACUCCUGAGACGCUUCCAUUACGGAUGUUCGGGCUGCUGCGGUGGCGUUGUGGUGUAUACACUGCUUUAGCCUCAGUCGAAUCUUAUGUGAAGACCUACACUCCAGUAGGCAAGAAGCGCCGAAGACUUUCCGACGAGACAUCGAGGCCUAUCAUUGCCAUCGUAUCCGAGUCGCAGACCACACCUACCCCGGAGAUACGCCUGGAAUUGCAGGCCUGA